UGCUGCCCGGGGAGCCGGCGGCGGGCAGCGGCAGCGCAGCGGGGCUCGAUGCGGCGGUCAUGGGGCGCGGGGCAGAUCUCGGACCGCGGCUGCUGCUGGCAGCGAUGCUGAUCUCCCUCUGCCCUGCCGCCGCCGGCGGCACCUGGAUGUGGCUGGGCAUCGCUGCCGCCGGCGGGCCGGAGAAGCCGGGCUGCGCCAGCCCGCCGCUGAGCCGCCGGCAGCAGGAGCUGUGCAAGCAGAAGCCGGAGCUGGUGCCCGCCAUCCGGGAGGGAGCGCGCCUGGGCCUCCAGGAGUGCCGCAGCCAGUUCCGACACGAGCGCUGGGACUGCCGUCCGCCACCCAACGUCCGCCGAGGACCCGCCGCCACCGCUGCCGCCUUCGGGCACCAGCUCAGCAGCGGCACGAAGGAGACUGCGUUCAUAUCAGCAGUGACAUCGGCAGGCCUCGUGCAUUCGGUGACGCGGUCGUGCAGCGCAGGAAACGUGACUGAGUGUUCCUGUGACACGAACCUGCGGCACGGCGGCUCGGCCGUCGAGGGCUGGCACUGGGGCGGCUGCUCCGACGACAUCCACUAUGGAAUGUCAUUCAGCAGAAAGUUCCUGGACAUGCCCAUCAAAAACAUAACGGGCAGGAGCGGGCUGGUGGCGAUGAACCUGCACAACAACGAGGCCGGGAGGCAGGCUGUAGCGAAGCUGAUGUCAGUGGAUUGCCGUUGUCAUGGUGUUUCUGGGUCCUGUGCUGUGAAAACCUGUUGGAAAACAAUGUCCUCCUUUGAAAAGAUUGGCCGUUUUUUAAAGGAUAAAUAUGAAAACAGCAUACAAAUAUCAGACAGACUGAAAAAAAAGCUACGCAGGAAAGAGAAAAGCCAACGAAAAAUACCAAUUGGGAAAGAAGACCUGCUGUAUGUGAACAAAUCACCCAACUAUUGUGUUGAAGACCAAAAACUGGGGAUCCCUGGAACUCAGGGAAGGGAAUGUAAUCGCACCUCGGAGGGACCUGACGGCUGCAACCUCCUCUGCUGUGGGCGGGGGUACAACACCCACGUUGUCAGGCACGUGGAGAGGUGUGAGUGCAAGUUUGUGUGGUGCUGCUACGUGCGCUGCCGGAGAUGCGAGACCAUGACCGAUGUACACACCUGCAAAUAAGUGCAGAGAGCACACCAACCAUCCUGCACUGCUUGGUACACACAACUGCCGCACGGGCAGCAAUUACUCUUGCCAUGUGGAAUUGCAGGAGCAUCAGCCUCAGGGGGAAUGGGUAUUACCAAACAACGGGUAGCCCAAGCAUUUGGUGUAUGCAGAGCAACCAAUCGAACAGCAGCCUGCACACAGGUACAGCUAAAACAACGAAAAAGGACUCCUGAUGACACAUUUGAACUCCAUAAGCAGGGACAGACACUGAGCUUUCCAAGUUUUUGAUAGCCACAAUGUCCUGAAGAUCCAUGUAGUUGGUAGAUACAAUGGAGAAAACUCAAGAUCUUCUUAGUCGGAAACUGAAGAGUAGGAGGGUGUGUAAGAUACAUGUGUACGUAAGAUAUCGACAUUAGAUAUAACCCUUAUGCCUGUAAUAUUAAAACUGGGGCUAGAUGGACCUACUAGAUGGUUCAUUUCUGCAGGCUUUAGAGAGAAAAAGCAAAGAUAGGGGAAAUGUUCUGCUGUUGACCAUAAAAUCUUUGCUUUGUAACUGUUCAGAAAGCUGUCUUCUGCAUAAUAUGCAGGAAACCAUCUGGCAUUGGGAAACAUGCAUGACUGCCAACAGCCAAGCACUGCCUGGGUAGAGGAGGAGGGUCCACUGGUAUGGACCAAGCUGUGUCCAUUUCAGAUGGGUUGGAGCAGAGCUCGAGGAACAUGGAUGGUGUGCCUUAAGAUUUUUCAUAGGUUGCCUUUCAAAUGGACAAAGGACAGGUCUGAGGAGGGCCAGAAAUGCAGUCUGGUAUUUAAAGGAAAUAAAAUCCUUUGCAGGCAUUUCCUCAGUAUCUGAACACACCAUUUGCGAGUCAGUCGGUCGUUGCCCACUGUUGGACUAUAUGCAACAACCUGCCAUGUUCAACCAUCUCACUGGUGGUUCGCCGUCAUCUUCACAAAUAACCAUGUGAGAUUCAGCCCAAAGAAAUCUGCCAUAAAGUGAAAUGGUUUUCUAAGCAUUACUUUCUGUUAUAGGACUCAAUGCUAGAGCUUCUCGUUAGUCUGCACCCUAAGUAAGUUCAAUGCACAAUGUAUUUCACGGAUUGACUCACACCACUAAAAUACUUAAACUGUCAUUGAUAACAUUUUCUCCACUUCCAUAUGUUGUCUCAGCUUCAUUUUACAGCUGUGAAAGGUUGUUUAUUUUUAUGCAGUGAUUUAAUGCCAGGUUUAAAAAGCAUCAUGUGAAAGGAUUUCUGUUGUUUAAAUGUAAAAAGACCUAUUUUUGAUAAGACAAGAAAGUUUAUAUUUUGUAAAUAUUUAAAUUAUGAAAGUUAUGUAAAAGGCUUCCAAAACUAAUGUGAUAAGACUACAGCCUUUGACAUUUGUUGGUUAGAUAUUUGUUACUAUUAUAGUAGCCUUUAAGUGAUUUUUAAUUGCAUGUGCAAGGGGGAAAUUAGUCAGCAAAUUACAUAAAUGUUCUCUUUUCCUACCAUCAGGGUGGUUAUAAUUAUUGUAGUUAAUGUACACUGAUAAGAAACACUUACUAUGAUUUUCUAAAUGAUCAGUUUAUACUCUGUAUACUGUUUUUAUUCCUUUAAAUCCAUUUUACAAACAGUGAAAUCCCAGCUGUAGUGGUAAGUGCAGAACUCCUACUGAUAUCAGGGGGACUUGCAAGGGUUGACAGUCCCUGAGCUUUUUCUACACUAACAGUUCUUAGAAAGAAAUCAUCUCAGGCAUCUUAGUUGAGGCUUUCAAAGUCGCUUUGAGGAAUUAAUUUCCUAACUGUCAAUUAUUUUUAUAUGAAAGAUGGUGACCAGAUUCCCUGUCACUCUUUAAUGGAUGUGUAGGUCAGGAAGAAGCAAACAAAAUCUUCUGUGUUGUGGUAACUUCAUUGCCUUAUGUGGAGUGGCUUAGGAACUUCAGCAACCAAAAGUUCUUUAUUUGCUCAUUCUCUUUGGACCUCCCCCCCGCCACAUUUGUCCAGUCUGUCUCCAUUGAUCUAGCCUGAUAGAUAAUUAUGCUGAAGACACAACACCUGCUCUCUAUGAGAAGGUGCUCAGUGUACCAGUUGUUGUCACAGGAAGAUUUAACACCCUCCCUGUGAAAACUUAGAUGGGGAGGACACACCCUGGAGGAAGACCCUGAAGAAAUUUAUGAGCCAAGGCUGUUCCUAUCUUCCAUCAAUAAUAAUAAACCCAGAGGCUGUGCCACAGCACCUAUUGGCAGAAUGGAUGGGACAUGCUCCUGGUCACUGGUGAUGUGGAGGUGUUGUAGAGAUCACCUCUCACUCUUUCUGAAUCUGCCUUACAUCAAAUUGCUGGCAGAGGUAAGUGCCCCCGUGCCCUAUGUGAUGAGACUGCUCCUAGAUGUAUGUCCAUUGAGUUCAGUGUUGAGGUCUCCACCAUUUUGUUAUAUGGGGCUCCAGCAGGAACCAGCCACUAGGAUUUAAGUGUGGAGACCAAGAUCUUCUCUUGAACCUGCCUCAAUGUGUAUCUCAAAAUGACCUUAGCUUUUACCAGACCUAAAGGUUAUCCCAUGCCUCAUCUGUAAAGUAAGGAAAAUCGCCAGUGUACUUCUUGGUAUGCCUUAACUUCUGGCAGGGUAAGAAAUGGGGAGAAAAUGGUCCUGGACUCCUGGGCCUAAGGUCAGCUUCAGGGCUUUGCCCAGAAGAAAAACCUCAGCAGGCUGUUUCUGUGGGUUUGAAGAGGAGACACGGGAGUUGCAAAGCAGUCAAUGCAGUCAGGAUGUCCCUUGCCUACUUGGCUAUCCAGUUUUUUGGUGCUGCAUCAUUUUUGAGAUGUCAUCUACUUAAAAAUCUUUUUUGUUCAUGAAUGUUGUAAAUAAAAGGCUUUUUUCCUGGCUUGUG